GCCCUCCUCCUCCCGGCGCUCGGCCGCCUUCGCUCCCGUCUCACAGGAGCCGUCGGCGUCCCGGGCGCGGCCUGCGUAACGCAGCGGGAGCGGCUCCCUCUUCCUUCGUCUUCUAUCCCGCCGCAGAGGAUGAGGAGCCCCCAGGAGCGAUUAAUAGAAAUAUGUGUUCCCAUAAUACCACCUUUGAACUAAUGAAGUGGAAGUACAGAUGAAAACAGUCUGGAGGAAGCUUGAAGUACAAUAUAGUUUCAUUCAGUUUCCUAAUUCUGAAGUAAGGAAACGAAGUUGGAAAAGUUACGAAAUCAUCCUUGCAGUCUUGUAUUAGGCUUUAUCAACCAGACUGAGCUUAACGUUUGUCAAGCAGAAGGGCCACUUGCCUUGCACAGGAAGGAUUAAAAGUGAACAAUGACUCGACUGAGAGUUUGUGAGCAAUUGCUUGGAGCCUAUCUGCUUAUCAUUCUCCAUGUUCAAGGACAAAAUCUAGACAGCAUGCUCCAUGGCACAGGAAUGAAGACAAAUCCUGACCAAAAGAAACAAGGAAAUGGUGUAACACUCGCUCCAGAAGACACCUUACCAUUUCUUAAGUGCUACUGCUCAGGACAUUGUCCAGAUGACGCUAUUAAUAACACAUGCAUAACUAAUGGGCAUUGCUUUGCUAUCAUUGAGGAAGAUGAACAUGGGGAACCAACACUUGCUUCUGGCUGCAUGAAGUAUGAAGGUUCAGACUUCCAGUGUAAGGAUUCACCAAAAGCACAACUACGUCGGACAAUUGAGUGCUGUCGGACUGACUUCUGCAAUCAGGAUUUACAACCAACAUUACCACCGCUUGAUAGUACAGAUGGACUUUUUGAUGGGAGCAUUCGCUGGAUGGCAGUCUUAAUUUCUAUGGCAGUCUGCAUAAUUGUCAUGAUCAUCUUAUUUAGCUGCUUUUGUUACAAGCAUUAUUGCAAGUCAAUAGCAAAGAGACACUGUUAUAAUCGUGACCUGGAACAAGAUGAAGCAUUUAUUCCAGCUGGGGAGUCAUUAAAAGAUCUCAUUGACCAGUCACAGAGUUCUGGCAGUGGCUCAGGACUACCGUUGCUGGUUCAGCGCACUAUUGCCAAACAAAUUCAGAUGGUGAGGCAAGUUGGAAAGGGACGAUAUGGUGAAGUGUGGAUGGGCAAAUGGAGGGGUGAAAAAGUCGCAGUCAAAGUGUUUUUCACCACAGAAGAAGCCAGCUGGUUCCGAGAAACAGAGAUUUACCAAACUGUUUUAAUGCGUCAUGAAAACAUCCUUGGUUUUAUAGCUGCAGAUAUUAAAGGCACAGGAUCCUGGACACAGCUUUACUUGAUUACAGAUUAUCAUGAAAAUGGAUCACUAUAUGAUUUUCUGAAGUGCACUACACUAGACAACAGGGCUCUCCUCAAACUGGCAUACUCUGCUGCGUGUGGUCUGUGCCAUCUACACACAGAAAUCUAUGGGACGCAAGGCAAGCCUGCUAUUGCACACAGGGACCUGAAAAGUAAAAACAUUUUGAUAAAGAAGAAUGGAACAUGCUGUAUUGCUGACUUGGGUCUUGCAGUCAAGUUUAACAGUGACACAAACGAAGUUGAUGUUCCCUUGAAUACUAGGGUGGGAACAAAACGUUACAUGGCUCCAGAGGUUCUAGAUGAAAGCCUGAAUAAAAACCAUUUUCAACCAUACAUCAUGGCUGACAUAUACAGUUUCGGGCUGAUAAUUUGGGAAAUGGCCCGACGCUGUGUCACAGGAGGUAUUGUUGAAGAGUAUCAGUUGCCAUACUAUGACAUGGUGCCAAAUGAUCCAUCCUAUGAGGACAUGAGAGAAGUGGUGUGUGUCAAACGUCUGCGCCCAGUAGUAUCUAACAGAUGGAAUAGUGAUGAAUGUUUAAGAGCAAUAUUGAAAUUAAUGUCUGAAUGCUGGGCUCACAAUCCUGCUUCAAGACUCACUGCCUUGAGGAUCAAGAAGACACUUGCCAAGAUGGUGGAAUCACAAGAUGUAAAGAUUUGACAUAGUAAAUUGACAUUAGAGAGCAAAGCUGGACUCCUAGAACUUUUCACUCAAACAUGAGUGAGACCUAUGUGGAAAGAGAAAAUAACUGGGAUUCGGUGUAUUUUCUCACCACACUUCUACAGGCUGCUAAUCAAAUCUUUCAGUACUUCAUAGACUGUGAUACUGAGAGACUCUCUACACUACAUGCUAUGUAUAUGGACAGCCUUGAUAAACUACGCAUUUUGUUUUGGUAUUAGCUGCAUUGAGACUUCAGUGAGUCUCUUCAUUGAGUAAAACUCUGGGUACUGAAUUGAAUGUUUAGAUUACAGUGCUUUCUGUGAAAGCCUAACAAGCUAUAUGGAUUCAACAGAGAUGGAGAAUAUAAGCUUUUUUAUUUGCCUUCUACCUGAUAAAACCUAGCCAAUCCAUACCAAGUUUUUGUGAAACAGCCUGUAGGUUUUGAAUCUGUUCGUGAUGUUACUCAGUUUAACAGUUCCUUAUGCCUUUGUGUGUGCCAGGAUUAUUUUGCUGCCAUUUGGAAUUUAAAUGAACAAAGUUUUAUUGUCAGGGCUCUAUUUUGUGGCUUCACAAUCAGAGAUCUGCUACAGAAUUUAAUCCUUGCCAUUAAGUUAUCCUUAAAAAAUUGCAGUUUAUUUCAGUUCUUGUUUUGAUCACAAGGAGAACUGCUAAAAUGUGAACCACUUAUAAAUUAAGGAAUGCCUGCCUGGUCUGUAUAGUGCUUGAAACAAUGUUCUUAGAGGUAUAGACUGCCUGAGUCAUCUCACUUACAGUAGAGUGGGCUCCAUAAUUUGAUGAAAUUUGGUACGUUUUUCACAGUGCCACAUGCAACCAGUUUUUGUACUGUAGCGUACUUCAUAUCUUAACAAAAAGACCUUUGUGUUUUGCCUUCCUGCUUUAUUGGAACUCACUGGUAGGUGCCUGUCAUUCUCUUUUUUCCAUACAGGAGGGAAUUAGCUGUAGAAGCAUCCUUUCUCACUGUUUGACAAAACUAGACAGAAGAUAAGUUUUGACAGGCUUGAGAACCAGCCUAAUUUAAAGACACAAAAGAGUAAGAGAUUAGAGAAUACAAUAAAGGUUAGGACCUGGAGAACAGAAUAUGUGAACUGUUGAAGAUAGGAUUCACAACAUACAGAAGAUUUUGAUCUGUGUUGCUCUGUCAGUGCAGGAGGUUAUGUCUGUUGGCCACUUAGUGGACAGUUGCAGAAUUACAGAACUGAGGGUAAAAAUCAUUGGGUUUUUCAAGUUCUUGUCAGCCACAUUUGGGAGGAAUGACAUUGAAAGAUAUUUUGUGAAGAUGCAGCAGAUUACUGUAGUUGCAAAAUUUGGUCCUAUUGUGCCAACUGGUUGGCAUGCACAAGAAACUGUAGUUUCCUCCUUUUCUCCUCCCAUCCAGACAAGUUGGUUAAAAACCAGAACCCCUCUAUGAGGUUACAGUAAAGCAGAAUUAUUAAGUUAUAACUCCUUUGACACUUCUACUUUGAAGUCAGGAAACAGUACCAUAAAGCUGAAGCUUCAAGUCCGUGAACCAUCAGAAGAAUGAAAACACAGUAUUUGCAACCAUUGAACCUAUUUGAUAAUUUAAGUGCCUAUAACUUUGUACUGUAAAUCUUGUUCUAGAUAACUUUAAAAAGGGAAGUUAUUUAUACAGUGUGUUUUGUGCUUUAUUAAAGAAAAAAAUUUAGCCCUAUGUACAUGUGUAUAAUUAGAUACAUUUACGCACACACACAUAUAUGCCAUAGUUGAGAUUUGAAGAAAAAAGUUAGGAAUAAUAUUAAAAUUGAAGAAAAUGUUAAAACUUCAGAUUGAUUUAUACCAGAUUAUCUGUUGUCUUAAAAUAUGUACGUGGAGAUUGUUUUGAUAUGUGUUUAAAUUUCCCUUAAAUACAACUGAUGAAAAAAUGUAAUGCAGAACUAAUGUGAUUUGUGAACAACUACAACCUCCUAACAUGUUAUCUUUUCAUUUUAAUUCUGUAGUUUGCAUAAUGUAAAUGGUCAGGCAAAAAGAUAGCAGUAUUUUUAUUUUCUAUUGUGAUGUACAGACUUUAUUUAAUAGUGCUACAUAUUUUAUAGAUAACUAGCUAUUUCGAGGGAUAUUUCUUUUUUUUUUUUUUAAAUAAAGUCAUUACUUUUGUUCAGUAAUGCCUUUAAGUAUUAAUAUGUACUCUGGCUGAAAAGUUCAUAGAUGCGUCAACUAUGAUUUUAAUUUAUUUGAAAAUGGCAAAAGAAACAAUAUUGUGCCACAAUACUCAUGGUAAAGGGCUUUUUAAAAGAAGGUUUCUCCGUCCAUUGCCAAGAAAUAUAUGAUGCGUUUGAAAUUAUAAUCAUGUCUUUGCACAUCAUUUUUGCACAGGUAGUGGAAAAAAUUUUGGUAUGAGCCAAAAAAAAAACCAAGAUAAGCUUUUUUGUGGUUUUGUCUCUAGGAUUUUUAUCAAUAACUAGAGAUGUUUAUCUAGGUACCCUGCUAGCUUAAACUUUCAGACCAUGGAGAUUUAUUUAAAUUUACCCAUUCCAAUUUAGAAUACUUUUGUUACUAUUUUCAGAAGCUGUUACAGCAUUAUAAGCUGUAAGCUUUUUAAAAACUAAUUUCUCUCAAUCUUCAAGAAGCCAUUGGUGAUAGUAUAAGCAAAACAAGAAAGUGAAUUUCUGUAGUUUAUCCACCUGUUUUCUUCUCUAUUGUAUAGGCAUUAGCAAAGUAAUAGGAUGAUGAUCUUUGGUAGACAUCUUAAGACCUGAAUUGAUUUACACAUUCACUUAGACAAAGACGUGAACUGACUGCUGCAAAGAUCUUUGAUAUUUCGUUAUUUUCCAGCACUUCAUUUACUAGGUUCAUACUGAAAUGUAUGAUGCAUAUUCACUGUCAUCAAGAGGAGUUGCUGGAUCUUUAGUAAUCCUUGAUUCCCUGAUACUAUAAAAAAGCUAAUUGCUAAAGGACCUGGUUGCGUAAAGCACUUCAACAUGUAUCUACCUUCCAUGCAAAGUAAUCAACUGUUUGGAGCUUAAAUAUGUCUAUAGUGAUAUUUUAGCUACCUUUCAGAAAGAUCUCAGCUCCAAGCGAGCCCAUUAAUCAUUAUGUAAUGAAACGUACUCUUUAGCUAAAGUUUUUGCUUUAUGCAAUACUGUAGAAUUCAGAAGCCUUUAAGGAUAGAAUGGGUAAUUGGGUUUGUCUGAUCGCAUGGGAUUAUCUUUUUGGGGUCAAAAUUACAAGGAUUUGUCAUCUAAAAGAAAUCCCCCAAACCUGGCAGAUGUGUUUAUAUAUACACAUAAUUAUAAACAUCAAUAAAAAUCAGAAAUGUGGAAUGCAUGAAUGCAUGUUGGGAACAUGAAAACUGUACCUUUGAAUUUCUUAAACACUUUUUUUUUUAAAACCUAUUCCUUGUGAUUUCAGUUAUUUGGAAAAUAAUUUGAGUAACUUAUAUAAUUUACUACUGUUAAAAUUACUUGCAAAUUCCACAGGAAAUAUACUCCUGUAGUAAAAUGUAGGCUUGUAUUUUGAGUUUUGCUCAAAAUGUAGUGUUUCCUGAGUUUUACAAAAGGUCACUUUUCCCAAAAUGCAUCUCUUUUUCCUGAUUAUUUUCUUGAUUAGUCUGUCUUGAAGUAUCAAAUGAAAUGUAAAAUGAAUAUUUUGUUACCUCCAUAGUAGUCUCGAAUGAAAUUUUAGAUCUUGAUCUGAAUGACCAUUUGAAUGUGUUUUUAAAAUUAAUCAUUCGGAUACUUUUUGUCUACCCUGUCCUCAUAGAUUGUAUUUCAACAACCUAAAAUGUUUGAAAAGGAAACAUAGUUAAAAAGUCUUCUUUGGCUAUAGCAGACCUUUUAAAAGGGAAGUUAAGCUUAUCUUCUAUCAACCGUUAGGAUGAUACACUACUUCAUCAUUCUUUUGACAGUGCCUCUGAAAUCAGUAGAUUUUAUCUAGUGCCCACAAUCUUUGUUCUAAAUAGGGAGUGAUGUUUGAAAACAGCUGGCAAUGUUGUAUGAUGUAGUGCUUUAUGGAGCCACGGUGUGUUAUCUUUGCUUGGUGUAGCAGAAGUGGAGUGCACAUUACUUCUAACUUUUGAACAAAUCUAAUGUAAUUGUUGCUUUGUCAUAUUUUACCUUUGAUUACAAUUUCAAACACCCACACUAUGUACUGACAUUUGUGCUCUGACAUGCCAUACCCAAAAUAAAAUGUACUAUAUUGUAUACAAGAAGAAUAAAUAACAUUGUAGCUAACUUAGAGAAGAUGUAAAUAAAAAAAUGAAAGAGUGGAACAAGGCAAAUGGUCACACUCUUGUGUGUUAUAUGCCAGAAGUGUAGAAUAAUCCUUUAAAAAUGUAACACACUAAUGUAUUUUGUACAGCAUCUGCUUUAAAAGGUGCCUUAUUGAGUUUACCAUGAAUUGCUUGUUCUGUACACAGAUUAUGUCCAAUGUAUCAUUUUUAAGUAAAUAACCUUAUUUUAGUA